AUCCCUCUCAUCCUCGUCCACCCACGAAACCCUAGCCCCUUCUCCCAAUCGCCGCCGCCGCCUUCUCCCUCCCAGAUCCAAUCCUGCGCGCGUCGGCCACCUCCCUCCGGCGGAGCUCGACCCCCACCCCCCGCCGCUGCUCCACCCUCUCCCGCGAGGGUCUCUGCUACCCGCGCGCGCACAACCUUCGUCCCCUGUUGCUCCAAUCCGGCCAGCGCGCCCUCCACCUCGUCUCCCCCGAUCCCGACCGUCGUACUCCGUCCCCUGUAGCAGUCGUACUCCACCCUAGCAGUCGAUCCCGACCGUCGCUGCUUCACCAGCCUCCUCCUCUGGCGUCUCCGCGAGGGCAGCCGAUGCCAGACAGGCCGUCGACGCGCCGGACCUCAAGGCCGGUCGUGCUGCUCCUUCUGCCUGCGUCUCCUCGGCGUAGACGACGGCGACAAGGACGCUGGCGCCCGCCUUCUUCCUCCCCCAGCUCGUCUUCUCCCCGGUCGCUGCCUUGCAUGCCGCCACCCAAUCCAUCUAUCAAUCGCCAAUGGAAUCCCACGCCGCUGCGGCUCCAUUCUCCUCCCAAUCCCAUGCCGCUGAUGCCUCCUCCACCUCCACCUCCAAGCGCUGGCGACCUUCUUCCUCCCCCGGCACUUGUCCUCUCCGCUCGCUGCCUUCCAAGAGUGCCGCUACCGUUGGCGACCAGACCAGCAGAGGAACGCCGCUGGCAGAGGAUGAGGAGUCCUUCCUUCUCCACCAUGAAGCACGCCUCCUUCCACUCCUCGCCGCCGAAGUCGGAUGCGUGCGCAGAUGCAGUUGAAGGAAAGGGGCGGGCCUCAAGGCCGGACCUCAAGGAGAUGCAGCACCGGAACAUCAUCAGGCUGCAGGACGUGGUGCAUAACGAGAAGAGGGAGGGCGCCAUGCCGAAGGAGGGACCUUGCGGCCAUUGCGGAGUCACAAGUGAAGUGCGAAUCCAUGUUCGAAGCUGUGAAGCAUAUCGACAAAGAGUAGCAUAUUAUGUGUUGUAAUUGUAGGCAGUAGUAGGCAUAUCUGAGUUGUAAUAUACUAUAACGAUUGUAAUAGAUUAAUGUAGUAUUUUUUUUUGGACCAAUUUCAUUUGCUCUUUGGUCUGUUCGAAAGAAUGAUUGUGCAUGUGAUUUGAAUACCCGUGAAAUGGAAACCUGACAAGUGGGUCCAAGUUAUAAUGGUUGU